AUGGCAAGUUCCCAACCAUCUAAGAAGACAAAUAAGAGCACCGGUGGAGGUGGUGGUGCAUCCUCCGGCCAAAACGUUAAAUUUGCACGUCGCACAUCUAGUGGGCGUUAUGUGAGCUUAUCUAAGGAUGACAUUGAUGCAUCCGGGGAGACAUCGGGUGAUUACACGAAUUACACGGUUCAUAUCCCCUCAACACCCGACAAUCAACCAACAGAGACGUCAGUUGCUACAAAAGCCGAAGAACAAUAUGUUUCUAAUUCACUCUUCACUGGUGGUUUCAAUAGCGUCACACGAGCCCAUCUCAUGGACAAAGUGAUCGAUUCGGAGGUGAACCAUCCUCAAAUGGCAGGAUCAAAAGGGUCAUCAUGUUCCAUGCCGGCUUGCGAUGGCAAGGUCAUGAAAGAUGAGAGAGGCGUUGAUAUUAUCCCUUGUGAAUGCAGGUUCAAGAUUUGUAGAGACUGUUUUUUAGAUGCUCAGAAAGACUCUGGGCUGUGCCCAGGAUGCAAAGAGCCAUAUAAAACGGAAGAUAAUGAUGACGAUCCACCUGGUGGCACUGGAACAUUGUCACUUCCGGGACCGGACGGUAAGGGUGGUGAUCCACGGCAGCGUAUGUCGGUGGUGAAGAGGAACCAAAAUGGGGAAUUUGAUCACAACAAAUGGCUGUUUAAUGAGACAUCCGGUACAUAUGGAGUUGGAAAUGCGUAUUGGCCACCAGAGAAUGGUGAUGGUGAUGGAAAAAGCGGUGGUCUUGGAGAUCCGGCCGAUAAACCGUGGCGGCCACUCACCCGGACAAUGCCUAUUGAUGCAGGCAUCAUUAGUCCUUACAGAUUGUUGAUAGCAAUUCGUUUUGUUGUUUUGUGUUUCUUUUUGGCAUGGAGAAUUAGGCACCCGAAUAACGAUGCAAUGUGGCUGUGGUUCAUGUCGAUUGUUUGCGAGCUCUGGUUCGGGUUUUCUUGGAUCCUUGAUCAGAUCCCAAAAAUUUCUCCAGUCAAUCGGUCCACUGACCUCCAGCUUCUUCACGACAAGUUUGAGAUGCCGGACAGGACCAAGAAUCCGACCGGUCGUUCUGACCUCCCCGGUCUUGACUUCUUUGUGUCAACCGCCGAUCCGGAGAAAGAGCCACCGCUUGUCACUGCCAACACCAUCCUCUCGAUCCUGGCGGUUGAAUACCCGGUUGAGAAGGUUGCUUGCUACAUAUCCGAUGACGGUGGUGCCCUUCUCACCUUCGAGGCAAUGGCGGAGGCUUGCAGCUUUGCUGAUCUAUGGGUGCCGUUUUGCCGGAAGCAUGACAUCGAACCAAGGAAUCCCGACACUUAUUUCUCAUUGAAGGGCGAUCCAACCAAGAACAAGAAACGGACGGAUUUCGUAAAGGAUCGGAGGAGGGUGAAACGAGAGUACGAUGAGUUCAAGGUCAGGAUCAAUAACUUGCCGGAUUCGAUAAGGAGAAGAUCAGAUGCGUUUAACGCCAGGGAGGAGAUGAAGAUGCUGAAGAACAUUCGGGAGAGCGGUGUAGACCCAUUGGAGCCGAUAAAGGUCAAACGGGCCACAUGGAUGGCCGAUGGCACGCACUGGCCCGGUACUUGGGCUAACCCUAGCGCGGAUCAUAAGAAAGGUGACCAUGCUGGUAUCUUACAAGUAAUGUUGAAACCUCCGUCCCCUGACCCAUUACGCGGGUCAGGGGAUGACAAUCUUAUCGACUUCUCAGAUGUCGAUAUAAGAUUGCCAAUGUUCGUGUAUAUGUCACGAGAGAAACGGUCCGGCUACGACCAUAACAAGAAAGCCGGGGCCAUGAACGCACUGGUGCGUUCCUCUGCGGUCCUGUCUAACGGACCGUUCAUCUUGAACCUAGACUGUGAUCAUUAUAUAUACAAUUGUAUGGCGGUUCGAGAAGGGAUCUGCUUCAUGAUGGACCGUGGUGGCGAAGACAUUUGCUACAUUCAAUUCCCUCAACGGUUCGAAGGAAUCGAUCCCUCAGACCGUUACGCCAAUCAUAACACCGUCUUCUUUGACGGAAACAUGCGGGCACUCGAUGGGCUACAAGGCCCGUUUUACGUGGGAACUGGAUGCAUGUUUAGACGUUUUGCGUUGUAUGGGUUUGAUCCGCCAAAGCUGUCGAUGAUAACCCCCGAAAAGAAAGGGUCCGACGGCAACGUAUCAGCGCCCGAGGCACAAGCAUUGAAGGCGACCGAUUUCGAUCCGGACCUUAACGUCAAUGAUUUACCACGACGGUUUGGAAACUCGACACUUCUGGCAGCAUCUAUACCUGUAGCCGAGUUUCAAGGCCGUCCUAUCGCUGAUCACCCGGCUGUCAAGUACGGUCGUCCUCCCGGUGUCCUUCGCAAUGCCCGUGAACCUCUUGAUGCCACUACAGUUGCUGAAGCUGUUUCAGUUAUUUCUUGCUGGUAUGAGGACAAAACGGAAUGGGGUGAUAGAGUGGGUUGGAUCUAUGGAUCGGUGACGGAAGAUGUGGUGACGGGAUAUCGGAUGCACAACCGUGGGUGGCGGUCGAUCUAUUGUCUCACGAAACGAGAUGCUUUCCGUGGAUCUGCACCGAUCAAUCUCACCGAUCGUCUCCAUCAAGUUCUCCGAUGGGCUACCGGCUCCGUCGAGAUCUUCUUCUCUAGAAACAAUGCUCUUCUAGCAUCCAAACGACUCAUGUUUCUGCAACGUUUAGCGUACCUAAACGUCGGCGUUUAUCCCUUCACAUCUCUCUUCCUCCUCAUCUACUGCUUCCUUCCGGCGCUUUCGCUGUUUUCCGGCCAGUUCAUCGUCAAAAACCUCAACACCACCUUCUUAGUCUACCUCUUACUGAUAACCCUGUGUUUGAUCGGACUCGCCGUGUUGGAAGUGAGGUGGUCCGGUGUGUCUCUAGAAGAUUGGUGGCGGAACGAGCAGUUUUGGCUGAUCUCCGGUACGAGCUCUCAUUUAGCGGCCGUGAUUCAAGGGCUAUUGAAGGUAAUUGCCGGAAUCGAGAUCUCGUUCACGUUGACUUCAAAAGCUGUUGAAGAUACAGGUGAUACUUACGCAGAGCUGUAUCUAGUGAAAUGGACGUCGCUGAUGAUUCCACCGAUUGUUAUCGCGAUGGUUAACGUUCUUGCCAUGGUUGUGGCCUUCUCGAGGACGAUCUACAGCAUAACGCCGCAAUGGGGGAAGUUCAUCGGCGGUUCGUUUUUCAGUUUCUGGGUUUUGGCUCAUUUGUAUCCGUUCUUCAAAGGAUUGAUGGGGAGGAGAGGGAAAACGCCGACGAUCGUGUUUGUUUGGUCUGGGCUCAUCGCUAUCACACUCUCGCUGUUGUGGGUGGCUAUUAAUCCUAACUCCGGCAUGGAGGACGCCGCUGCCGGAGGAGCUGGCUUUAAAUUUCCGUGAAAGAAUAAGAUGUUUGUUUGUAACAUUAAUUUACGCCAUGGCUUCCAACCCACGU